AUGGACCCUAUUCCACCCGCACAGCUCCUUUCCAAGAGCGAAGCACACGUUCGAGCUGUGCCUCUCGACUACUCGAAACCAGAGUCGCGGACAAUCAGGUUAUUUGCCAGGACAGCUACCAGAUACAGUAACCCGAUUGUUCCCAGUACUGCAGCAAAAAAGGUCCAGCCGCCGUUUCUGGUAUUCUUUACGGGCGGACCGGGGGCAGGGAAUCCAGCACCACAAGAAAGCCCUAUAACUUCGUUCAUGAUAGACUAUGGAUAUGACAUUGUGUAUCUGGAUUACCGAGGAACUGGCAACAGUUCUCCCAUCUCGGCUGAAACCCUGGAAUUGAUUGGCGGCCCAACUGAACAAGCGCAGUAUCCUCGAUUGUUCAGAGCCGACGCUUUGGUAAAAGACUGCGAGGUUGUCCGUCAAUGCUUGACAGAUAAUUAUCCCCCGGAGCUAAAGAAAUGGACCAUCUUUGGACAGUCGUUCGGCGGGGCCGUGAGCUUGAAUUACUUUUCCUUUUAUCCAGAGGGUGUUCGAGAGUGUUUUAUCACUGCCGGACUGGGCUCGCUUAGAACGCAGCCAGAGGAACUGUACGCCAGAAUGUAUAAAAGAGUCAUCAAGCGAAACAAGGAUUAUUAUGCCAAAUAUCCAGCGGAUGUUGGGUUGGUCAAGGACGUCGCCAGUCAUAUUCGCAAGUUGGGCGGUCAAGAGGGUAUUUUAUUACCCACUGCUGGACGACUUACCGUGCAGCGCUUAAUGACACUCAGGCUGCAUUUCGGGGGCGAUGGAGGAUUUGACAGAAUUCAUGAUCUCUUUACAAAAUUGAAAGCGGACCUUGAUAUUUAUGGCUUCUUUACCAGACCGAGUCUUCACGCCUUUGAGCAGAGCAUGACAUGGGAUAUUGUCCCAAUUUACGCAAUGCAUGAUAGUUGGAUGGUGAACGGUCCUGGCAUCGCUUCCAACUGGACCGCAGAUCGAGUGGGCAAGACACUUGGUACCUUUCCAUGGCUGGCUGAGGAUUGGCAACAGAGCUCUGAUAAUGAGCCUCUAUAUUUUUCCGGUGGGAUGCUCUACCCAUUCCUAUUUGAUACCUACGCAGGUCUGGUGAAGAUAAAAGAAGCUGCUCAGCUAAUUGCCAAGUUCGACGACUGGCCGUACCUAUACGAUGAGAAGCAGCUGGCUAAGAAUGAGUUUCCGUAUACGCUGCUUGCUUUGAUGAUAUGUUUAUAG